UAAAUUUUUUUGCAAAUAUGUGGAAAAUUGUGAUUUUACUGACGUAUUUAUGCAGUACAACGGUAGCGACACCUGUUGUUGGAUUAAAAAAGAACAUGGAAAUCAUAAUGGCUGAUGAAAUAAAAAGGGAAGAUAUGUCAAAAGAGAAAAUGUCAUCAAGUGAAAAAGCUGAAAUUGCAAUGACAACAUUAAAUUUACCAAGUAAUGCAACUUCAAUUCGUGCAGAUAUUGUGGAUGGAUUCUCUUGUAAAAAUCGUGAAUAUGGUUAUUAUGCAGAUAUUGAAAAUGAUUGUCAAAUUUUCCAUGUCUGUAUGCCUGUUGUAUAUGCUGAUGGCAGAGAGAACACAUUCAGAUGGAGUUUUAUUUGUCCUGAAGAAACAGUCUUUAGUCAAGAUUCAUUCACCUGUAUGCGUGAAGAAGAUAUGUCAUUUGGCUGCGAAGAAUCUGUUAAAUUUUAUGAAUUAAAUAGAAAUUUUGGUAUAAUAGAUUCAUCCAUGGAAGUUCAUAGUAAUGAAGCUGAAACGACUUCAGAUAUUGGUAUGGGAGAUGCAAAUAUGGAAGAUUCAAUGCUCGAACGAAAACCGGAAAAUCAACAAAAGACUAUGAUUAAAGAUGAUGAAGAAAAAGUUAUUGAAAAAAUUCAAAAAAGAGUUGAUGAAGUUAAGCCUGAAAUUCGAAAACCUGCUAAAACUCAUAAAAAAAAGAAUUCUUUAAGGAAAGCACCCGCACGUAAAGCAACAACAACAACAACUGUCAUGCCAGUAACUGCAACUGAACAAGUAACACCUUCGAGUACAUUAACAACUUCAUUGCCCUUAGAAAUUGAAAUUACCACAGCAAAACUAGUAGAAAAACUAACAACAAAAUACCAGAGAUUUACACGCCGCCCAGAAACUAAUAAAGAUAAUAAAAAAAAAGUAGAACUUCCGAAAAUAGAACAUUCAAAAGUAGAACUCCCGAAAGUAGAUCUUCCGAAAGUAGAAAUUUCUAAGCCAGAACCUGUAACUGUAGGUCCAAUAAAAGAAGCUUCGAAAAAGCCAUUUAAAACGGAAUCAGGGCUAAAACGUAAAAGACCACAUGUUCCAUCCAGUCUAAAACAUAAAUUUAAUGAGCCAAGUGUUCCAAACAAAAUUAAUAUCAAAAAAGAUUUUAUAAGACCACCAAUACCAGAACCUAUUUUACUGAAAAUUGAAGAACAACCCGCCUUAAAACCUAUAGAAAAACCAUUAAAACCUGAGCAAAUUGAAAAACCAGUAGAACCACAAAAACCGCUAUUGCAGUCUGAAGAAAAUAAAAUGCCUAUUCUUCCAAAACCGGCAUCACCUGUUCCACCAGUUUUAGUAGAACCAGAAAUGAAAAAUGAAAAUGAAAAAAUUCUUGACACCGUUAAAGAAUCUGUUGUUACAAAUGAAGAACCCAAAAACGAGGAAAUAAUGCAAGAAAAUUUAAAAAAUAAAGACAAUGACCUUUUAAUCACAUCACUUAAUGAUGAAAAACCAAACCACGUAACUGAUAUGAAAACUGAAAAUAUUCCAUCACAAGAGUCCAUUAAAUUGAUUAAUGAAGAACAAAUUCAACUCCCCGAAAAAGUAGAGGAGUCAUUGCCCUCUGAAAAGGGAGAAAUCAUAAAAGAAAAUGAAGAGAACGAAGAACAACAUAAAGUUAAUAGCGUAGAUAAUAAGGAAGAACCCAAUCUAAAUGGAAAUAAACAGGAUAAUGAUGAUGGAAGUUCUGUUAGCCAUAAUCAACCAAUUGAUCAACAGUCAAUGAUAAUCAAUUUAAUUUCAAGUCUUGUAAAUGCCGAAACUUCAAAAGUAGAUGAUGGUGCUGAUAAAACCGAAAAUUCACAAUUCACUGUUUCAGGUUUAUUGCAUUCACAACAACAGCAACAACAACAACAAAAUACAGAACAAGAAAAUUUGCAACCAGCAAUUAUGGAUAAUACGGAAUUACAUGAGCAACAAGAAGAACAACAUGAAGAGAAACAGCAGUUAAAUAAUAAUCAACUUUUUGAAUUGACAACAAGCAAUAUCAUAUCAAAUGAUCAGAUGAAAGAUAAUGACCAAAAAAUUGAAAAUUCAGAGCACGCGUUUACAACAACAUUUUUAAAUAAGGAAGGUGAUAACUUAAACGAAAAUAAAAAUGAAAAUAAAAAAACAGAAUUGAAUCAAUUCGAUGCUAUGCAAAAAUUUAUUCAUCAGCAACAUGAACUUUACAAUCAUAUGACUCACAUACCAGUAAAACUUUUGACUGAUGAUCAAUUUGAAGAUUACAAAACAAAAGGUGAUUUAAGUAAUUCUGAUGCAUUGAAUGUAAUACAAAGAAUAGAACAGUUAUUACAAGAUGAAGUAAAAGACGAGAGUUUAAAAUCUGAAACUAAUACCAAUGCUACUCCUAAUGAAGAUAAAUCUAGUGAACCUUUAACACACGGUUUAGAAUCAGGAAAUUCAAAAAAUGAAGAAGGAAAAACAUCAUCUGAAACGCAACAAUCUUCCGAAGAAAUUAAACCCAUAUAUCAUAGGAUAUUUGACCCAUUGAAUGCAAAUUUAUUGAAAGAUAAUUCAAUGUCCGUUGAUGAAAAUAAACCAAUCGUUAAGGAUUCAGAAGAACCAUUAAAAGCAGAAACACCAGUAAAAGAAACCGACUCAAAUUUAUUGAAAUCAGACGCUUCUACAUCGGAAGUCUUAAAAGAUGUAAAAGAAAGUGCAACAUUAGAAACUAUUAAUAAAAUGGAAAUAUUAAAACCUAAACCUGAAAAUGAAGAAAAAUUAAAUUCAGAACCACUACUACCAGUCGAAGUUUUAGAUUCAAAAUCAAAAGAUGAAGAAAUUAAAGAGCAUAAUAAAGUUGAAUCAACAAUGCCAUCCGAAACACAAGAAUUAGAAUCAAAAUUAGAGAAAUCACCAGAAACAUUAACAGAAAUUAAAAAAUUAGAAGAACCCACCGUAUCAGAACAAGCAUCUGACAUUAUUAAAACACCAUCAUCGCGUAGCUUAAAAUUUAAAACUAGAAUAAUUGAUCCUAGGAAACGGAGAUUUCUUUUCAAAGCUGAUGCGUAA